CCGUGCGCAGGACAUGGCUGCAGGCUUGCUGAGUCCGCGCCUCUGCCCGGCGCCCGGCCGGGCUGCCUGGAGAUUUAUAGCAACUUCACCGGCUUCUCGGCUGUCUCCCAACGAAUUGGUAGAAGUGCAGAAUGCCGUCUUUCACAAAGAGAAACAGAGGCAGCUGUCAUUAAUCCCCCGGACUGAAAAGAUUGAAGUGAAGCACGUUGGGAAAACAGACCCUGGCACCAUAUUUGUGAUGAACAAGAACAUUUCAACUCCUUAUAGUUGUGCAAUGCAUUUAAGUGAAUGGUACUGUAAGAAAUCCAUAUUGGCGCUUGUGGAUGGCCAACCUUGGGACAUGUAUAAGCCUUUGACCAAGUCCUGUGAAAUUCAGUUUCUUACUUUCAAAGAUCAGGAUCCACGAGAAGUGAAUAAGGCAUAUUGGCGUUCUUGUGCUAUGAUGCUGGGCUGUGUGAUCGAAAGGGCAUUCAAGGAAGAAUAUGUGAUCACUUUGGUUCGAGCUCCAGAAGUUCCUGUCAUUGCUGGUGCCUUCUGCUAUGAUGUAGUAUUGGAUAAGAGACUUGAUGAAUGGACGCCAACAAAAGGGAACCUACGUUCCUUCACAAAUGAUGCUCGUACAUUGAUUUAUAAAGAUCUUCCAUUUGAAACUCUGGAUGUUGAUGCGAAAGUAGCAUUAGAAAUAUUUCAGCACAACAAGUAUAAAAUGGAUUUCAUAGAAAAGAAGGCAUCUGAGAAUCCUGAACGAAUAAUCAAGCUGCACAGGUUCGGUGACUUCAUUGAUGUCAGCGUGGGCCCUCUUAUCCCAAGAACAAGUGUUUGUUUCCAGUAUGAAGUAUCAGCGGUUCACAAUCUUCCGGCCACUGAGCCAAAUCUUGUACGAAGAUUCCAGGGUCUCUCCUUACCUGUUCACUUAAGAGCACAUUUUACAAUAUGGAAUAAACUAUUGAAAAGAUCUCAGAAAAUGGUAACCGAAGAGCAAACUGAAACUCCAGAGGAAAAUUCAUCUACCAAGUGACUUCCUAAAAGUCAAAUAUGUAUAGUAAAUUAAAAAGUUUUUUUUU